AUGCGGUUUGUGAGUCUUUGCGCUCUUGUCGUCGCUGUAAAUGUUUGUUGUAGUGAAGAUGGUGGAAAGUCGAUGAAAGCUUUGAAGAAACAGGUAGCGUAGAUAAGGAAUCUUUUUUUUAUGUAAACGCAACUUAAUUCGUGAUUCUUUUAAUAUUUAUAAAAUAUCACAUGACAUUAUUACAGCUGAAUGAGAUAAAAGAUAUUGUCGAUCUAAAGUUGAAUCAGCUGAAAGUCCUUCGAAACGAAUUACGAUCUCUAAAUCAAGAAUUGAAAUUAAACGAUGAAAAGAUAAGAUACGGUAAUGGGACGGCGAAUAAUUUAAAUAAUGGUGGAUUCAAGAAGAGAGUCAGAAAUAAGUUGAGAGGGAUUCAGAAGAAGCUGGGCAGACUCGAAAGGUCUUUUAGGAAACAUCGGAAGGUCGUUAAAGAUGUGAAGCCUACUACUGAAAUCGCUUCGGUACUGCCGACUCCUGAUAUCGUAGGUUCUGCCGAAUAGUUAUGGUCCUAUUAUUGCUUUUCAUAACAUAACUCUCAAUAACUAUUUGUUUUUAUUGUAUCCAUCGUCUCUUAACAUUUUCAUUUACUCAGAUUGAAGCGUUUGAGGCCCAGCGUAACAGAUCCCGUCCAGGAGAACAUGACAGUCCAUGUAAUUCUCAUAAUGAAUGCAAACCAGGUAAAGCGGUCCUGCGAUAUAACGUGUACCUUCAGGGCAUUGCUGUCACAAAAAAGACAAUGGAAACAAAUGUGUGAAGCAUGGAUUCAAGAUUGGCGAGGGAUGUCAAGACUCGUGUUCCUGUGAAACCCAUCUCAUAUGUUUUAAACCGAACAAAGGGAACACCAAGGUAAAAACAAUUUCUGUACUUUUAUCUCACUGUUUAUACUGAUAUGAUUAUAUAUGGUAUUAAAAAUGGUACCUUGUACGCUCAUGGAUGCUUAACGUCAUCAAAUUCCAGGCGUACUGCAAAGAAGCACGUGCCGAUGACUUCAUGCGAGGCAACUACCGAAACAAUAAGACAUCAACUUUUAGUGAUUAA